AAUUAAUUAUAUUGUAAUUGUAAAAUAUUAAAGUGGAGGGAGAGUUGCCGCAUUUGAAUAUUUUAUUUUAAUUGCAACACGGCACUCGUCAACAACUGUCACAUUUAUUGGCAAUCGGGCGCCGCUUGCCUUGCUCUCGUGUUUGUUAACUUUACUGGUUUUGCGCCUUUCACCAAUACAAAUCGAGUUUACAAACUGCUUUCCUACAUAGUAGUGUUUAUAUGACUCGUGCGGACUAGUAUUCUUAUUUAUUCCCAUCUAAAAUGGUUUAUAUUGUAUGAAGUGGGUCACAACACGUCUGAUUCAAAAUGGGUUUAGACUUCGACGUUCUAGAGUUUUGUAAAAAACUCCGUCAAAACCGGCCUCCACCUUACCAAUGUCCCUUGGAAAAGUGUGACAAAGUGUACAAGAGUUUGUGUGGGCUGCAGUAUCACCUGGUGAACUACGAUCAUGAUAAUCCAACGCCCGCUACCCCGGCCUCUGUUAGCCACCGUAAAAAGGGCAGAUCGACGCGGGCGCCAGUACCAACCGGCGAUAUAGCCCUACAAAGUCCACCUAAAGAAGCCCUAACUUUUGCGGAAGCCCAGAAAGUGGUCCAGUUUGAGAUAGAUGGCAAAAUUAGCAGGAUUCCUAUAGAUCAGCCCCUGCCGAUAAUGUCGCUUGAGGAUUGGCAAAAGAAGAAUGCAGAGCUUGAAAAACCAGUGCCGUUUGUUGAGCCAGCGCCUGAACCGCAUGUUAAAUUGCCUGAGGCCAGCUUCAAGCUCAUUGAGGAUUACAAUGAACGAGUUUGCGAUGCUCCUCCCCGGCCGAAUGCCUACAUUCGCUUCAUAGAAAAGUCGGCCGAGGAACUAGAUGGUGAAGUGGAGUAUGAUGUGGACGAGGAAGAUACGGCGUGGCUUGAAAUUAUUAACAAGACGAGGGUCAAGCAAGGCCUGCCGCCUGUUUCAGUGGAUACCUUGGAGCUAUUGAUGGAUAGACUGGAGAAAGAAUCCUACUUUCAGGCAUCUCAAACCGGCCAACAAACAGCGGCCCAGGUAGAUGAAGAUGCAGUCUGCUGCAUCUGCAUGGACGGUGAAUGCCAGAACACCAACGUCAUCCUGUUCUGCGACAUGUGUAACUUAGCUGUGCAUCAAGACUGCUAUGGGGUACCAUACAUACCCGAGGGUCAGUGGCUGUGCCGCCGAUGUCUGCAGUCUCCAUCUCGCCUCGUCAACUGCGUACUCUGCCCAAACACUGGAGGAGCCUUCAAGCAGACGGACCAAGGCACGUGGGCCCACGUGGUCUGCGCCCUCUGGAUACCUGAAGUUCGUUUUGCGAACACCGUGUUCCUGGAGCCUAUUGAUUCCAUCGAGAUGAUCCCAGCAGCCCGCUGGAAGCUGCAAUGCAUGGUGUGCAAGCAGCGAGCCUCUGGCGCUUGCAUCCAGUGCCACAAGAGCAACUGCUACUCUGCCUUCCAUGUCACUUGCGCACAACAGGCUGGAUUAUACAUGAAAAUGGAGGCGGCAGGCGCCGGGCGGGACCCCAGCCAGCCGGUCCAGGUCGCCAAGAUGGCGUACUGCGACGCGCACACGCCGGCACACGUGCUACAAGAACGGCGGGCUGCGGAGGCCGAGGGCGACGCCAAGCCGUCAGACUUGUCGGCUAUAAGGCAGAAGGGACGGGAGAAGAUUAAACAAGCGCGUCGCGUCCUCGCCAUGAAGCGCACCUGGGCGCCAGUAGUGCUCGUGCCCACGCUGCCCGCCGAGCGCGUGGCCGAGGUGGCGGCGCUGGCGCACGGCCCGCCCGCGGCGCGCGCGCAGCUCAUGAAGCGCCUGCUGGCCUACUGGACGCUGAAGCGCCGCAGCCGGAACGGCGUGCCGUUGCUGAGGCGGCUGCAGAGCGCCACCACACACCACGGUACCAGAGGCAUUCAAGAUGGUACGGUCAACGUGCGAGAGCUUUGCAACCAACUGAAGUAUUGGCAAAGGAUACGCCAAGAUUUAGAGAGAGCUAGGCUCCUAUGUGAACUUGUCCGGAAACGCGAGCGCCUAAAGGCAGAACACACCCGCGCGUGGGAGCGUCUGGUCCUGCACUCCCUCCGGCCCGAGCGAGCCGUCCUGCACAAGUUGCUACGACUGCUGCGACAGCGGGACCACAGCGACGUGUUCACCGAGCCCGUCGACCUGCUGGAGGUGCCCGAUUACAGCACGGUAGUGAAGCACCCGAUGGACCUCAGCACCAUGGGAAAGAAGUUAGACCGGGGCGCGUACAAGACCAUAGACGAGGUAGAAGCCGACUUCACGCUCAUGAUAGACAACUGCCUCGCCUAUAACAACAAGGACACAGUAUUUUAUAAGGCUGCAAUAAAAAUGCGCUCCCAAUGUCUCCCGAUCUUCCGUCAAGCGCGGCGCGACGUCCGCGCCGCCGGCAUGCCGCUGCUCGCCGGCAGCGGCGACGCCGACUCCAGCCCAGAGCGGGAGGACCCGCGCGAGCGGGACAGGGCGAGGUCCACCAGGAGGAGCGUCGACUCCAGGCGGAGCCGGAGCAGGGCUAGUAGCAGCGACAGCGGGAACACUGCCGACACGCGAAGCUCGCGCGCCGUGUCGCGAGCGCGCAGCCGCGCCGGCCGCGCCUCGCCGCGCAGGAGCCCUCGCCGCGACUCGGAUGAUGAAAACGAUACUCGCGAGAGCUCGCCGGUGGCGUCGAAGUCCAAGGUGAACGCGAACUGGUGGCGCGGGCGCGGGCGGGGGCGGCGCGGGCGCGGGCGCGGGGGGCGCGGCCGCGGCCGCCGCGCCUCGCGCCCGCCCGCCGACAGAGGUAACCCGGUGGUGACCGACACACCGACUUCCGGUUCCGAGACGCCGGCACCGUCAAAAUCCGUCGAGCGCACGCAAAAGCUGUCCACUCCGGAGAAAUCGCCAAACAAGUCGCCCAACAAGUCGCCCGUCAAGUCUGCCAAGUCGCCCCUCAAGACGGCAAGUUCAGGGUUGGGCCUCAUCGGAGGUUUGAGAAAGCCAACGCUUCUGCUUACUCCGACGUCCAUCGCCACGCCGCCUAAGAGUUUCGGAUCCGAUGCAUCACUCCCCACUUUAUCAGCCAGCCUCGGCAGGCCGCUGGAGCCUUCUCCUAAGAAGAAAGGCCGCGGACGCCCGAGAAAGUGCGACAAGGACAAACAGGCUUCUUCGCCCGACUUAUUUAGGACGGGUCUCGGCGAAGGCAAAGCGCUAUCCACGCCUGUCCCGGCCUCGUUCUUACAGUACCGCGGGACAACCGGCGAGGCCGGCUCGGACAGCGACCUCGCGCUCUCCAGGUCGUCUUCGAACAGCUCCGUGUGGUCGUCCUGCUCGUCCUGCACGCACUACGCCUCCGACCGCUCGCGCUCCGCCAGCUCCAGCGACGGGUCGAGCUACAACGACACGAUGGAGUCCACGCUGGAGGGCAGCGGCGCCGACCGCCGCGACCGGCGGCGGCGCGCCUCGCACUCCGACCACAGCCGCUCCGGACCAGACUCGCCCACCACACCAGUCAAGGGCCGCGGCACUCGCUCGUCCACGUCGAAGACGCCCGUGAAGAGCUCGCUGCAGCCCGACGUGCUGCUCGAGCCGCUGCAGCUCGUCUGGGCCAAGUGCAGAGGCUACCCCUGGUACCCAGCUUUAAUAAUCGACCCGAAAAUCCCAAAAGGUUUCAUCUACAACGGCGUUCCACUCCCAGUACCACCACAAGACGUACUCAACCUCAAGAAGAACCAUUCACACGAACCAGUCCUCUACUUAGUAUUGUUCUUCGAUGUCAAACGCACGUGGCAAUGGUUGCCACCAAACAAGCUAGAACUACUAGGGAUUGAAAAAAGUAUAGAUCAGGCUAAGCUUGUUGAAUCCAGGAAACCAGCUGACAGGAAGGCGGUGAAGAAGGCCUACGGAGACGCGAUGCAGUUCAGGAAGCAGGUGGAUGGCGACAAAUGACAUAGGUUUAGGUACAGGUCUAGAAGACCGAAUCGGAACAGAACGUUCAGCUUCGGGAACUUCUCCUUGAUGCAUAUUAGGACGCCGGAGGAUACGACCGAUUCUAGUGAUUAAGAUUAAUUUAAUAGUCUAGGGCACGUGCAUGAACUAGGAAGUACAGGAGCCAGGUGUAAAUGUCCAGUUUAAGUUUUCGAUUUAGGCCACUAGAUGGCGGGCCCUACAACGCACAAGGAUGCACGCUUGAACUAUAGGGGGUUCAAUUUGGUUGACCAUCUACUACAAUCAUAUUAUUACGAUCUAAAUAUGUUUAUGCAGGUAGCUCUUUGGGUUCAAAAUAUUACAAAAGUACAGUCGUCAUCAGAUAUAUCGGAGCGGCCGAAGUGCUCAAAAAUAUAUGAACACGCACUCUAACGCCUUGACAAUAGAGACGUGUUCAAAUAUUUGUGAGCACGUUGGCCGCUUCAAUAUAUCUGAUGGCGACUGUACAUCUCUGUAACAUAUGAUAUUUUGACAAGAUAAUAAAAUAAUUGAAUAACUUAGUGACAUGGACUGUAUUAUAGGAUAAUUCGAAUGGUAAGAAUAGGAAUGUGAAGAUAAUACCGUUUGUAAAGAAGUUAAUAUAACAGUUAACAGCAGAAAUCGCUUAGUGGGCAAUAUGUCCAAAAUGACCUCAACACAUAUAUUUGGGAAUAUUUACUUAGGGGGUAUUUUUUUACAUUAGCCGAUGUAGCAACUUCAUCGCAUCGCAUGCCACGCUGCAUCGGAUUUGCACGUCGCUCCGACGUGCGAGCGGGAUAUCGCUAUAAUACGCGCAUAGCGUUGUCUCGCUCAAACUUCGGAGUGACGUACGAAUCGGAUGCAGUGUGCCAUGAGCCGUAGUUGUAUUAUUGUAUAACUUAUACUCCGUAGGUUUGUUAUUGACUUGUUUACCUAUUCAAUAUAAUAAUGAAGACAUUGCGAUUAAUAUUAUCCUCAUAACAUAAUAACGAAUAAAAUUUAAAUGGAGUGUACGAGUAUAUAAUUAUUUGGAAAGUAAUUGGUAAUCUCAUUAUGAAUUUAUGUAUUCUAAUGAUAGAAAUAAUACUUAAAUGUAAUUGUCUGGUUGCAUAAAUGGUUAACUUGCGUAAAUACUAUCUUUAUCACUUCGAGUUAUAAAAUUAAUCCAUUGUUUUCAUGUAGAAUAUUAAUCUAAUGCUGGCUGUACACACUCGUCGAAAGCCUCUCGCUGAGAGUCUCGGCACCGCUCCGCUCCAAUCGGAGAGGGGCGAGACGAGAAGGGAGCAGUAUGUACACACUCGUUCUCGGCCUGACUCGUGGUCUCUGGACGAGUGUGUACAGCCGGCAUAAUGUUAUAUCACUAGGAAUGCCGCUGUAAAGAUAAACGUGGCUAAAUUUAGAUAACAUGUAUUUAUCGAAAUAUGUAACCGCGGCCGGCAAAACGUCCCACUUUGUCGCUUGCCAUAAGGAUGAGAUUUGCUUGUAUCUGACGAAUAACCUGUCAGGGCGUCCUUAUGGCAAGCGACAAUGUGUGACGUUUUGUCAGCCAAGGGAAGUGGCGUUGUGGUUAACGGAAGUUGGUAUUAUAUCGAUAAGGAAAAAGUGUUGUAAUUGGACUGACGGAUAGAAUGCGUAAUGUAUAGAUAGAUUGCUAAAUCAUGCGUAGUUCGAAAGGGAGAGAUGAAGGUACGUAUAUUUUUUUAAUCAAUAAGGGAUAUUACUGCAACAUUCUGCCGCCAGAGCGCAGCACUGUCACAUAUUGUAAACCAUAGAGUAACUUAUGAAUACUGAUACUUACAUGCAAAACCUUUCUGUUAUCAUCUUGUACCAUACGUAUUCUGGCAAAUAAAGAAAUUCUAUUCUCAUUCUAUUCUAUGCAUAGUUUGCCUUUUUGGCAAGCUUUUUUUUCGUUAUAUGGACUUGAGGGCGGUGUUUUGAGAGUUUACAGAGGGCCUACAGCGAAACACGAAAAUUGAAAUUACGUUACUUUCCUCUAUUUUUCGAAUAUCCAAGAGUGAUAGAAAGACAGGUAACGGAAUUUCGAUUAUUCUUGUUUCGCGGCAGGCCCUCAAAUUGUGCUAGUGGCGCCCCCUACGUAGAGUUUGGCGUAAUAUUCCCUAUUGUCAGUUUUUAGAGUAAACUACUCAAUGAUUUGCCCUUUAAAUUCAAUACCCACUACUUUGUUGGGAAAGUCACCACUGUUGCAUGAAAAUAUUAAUGAAAGAGAUAAUUUUUGACGGAGAGCGGUCAUUAGUAUGGUAGUUGCCCUAUAUAGCUUCGCUUUUCGUAUACAGGCAUGGUAUACUCAUCAAACACAUCUGAGCAAUAUGUUCUCACACCUCUGAGAGAGCAGUACUACUUCCUUUGAACUUGUGAAGAUAUCUUAUGUGACUUUCCAUUUUCGUCAGUAUUCGUCCAGUGGGUAUUUGCAUCUCACAUUUUGCUUAAUGACAGAGUGAGACGCAAUGCACAAUGGACAAAGAAAUCGGACAGGGAAUACCAUCCUUAUUCAGUUGCCAUAAAGGUACCUUUUAUUAUGGAACCUUGGUACCUUUUAUUUUUAUACACUUCCCGGUUACGAUGUAUUUAUAGUAUUUUAUGCAACAGUUGUAUAAGAAGGGUCAAAAAAGGCGAGUGGCGUGAGUUACAAUGUGAGCUGGAGCCGAAGGCGUAGGCGAACAUUGUAAAGGAAUACGCCACGAGAAUUUUUUGACCUACUUAUACAACGUUGCAUACAAUAUUUUUCCUACGAGUCAACAAAAAUAAAUCUUAAUUUAGGUAAACAAAUUACAGCAAAACUAUAUAGCCAAGACGCGCGAGCAUACCUUGUUACGCGCCCGGCCCGCCCCGGGCCGCGGCUGGCCGGUCGGCGACACCUCCUCGUAACUCAUGAGGCCCUGGUACUUGCUACUUGCUAAAUUAAUUUUUUGGACAGUUUUUUCUCAAUUUUGGCCACCGUAGCCUACGGAGACUAACAAGCAACGCUAAGCGGUCUUCGUAGUCUAUGGGUGUUGCUAUAUUACGGGUGUCACAUGCGUGUUUCUGACUUAUGAAGUAAUUAUUUUUACUAUACAACCAAAUGAAUAUUUUGUAAGUUGGCAGCAAUGCACUUAGUUUAAAACUGUAUUCGUUUUGGUUUUGUUAGGUUGGUAGCCAUUAAUCGCAGUAACAUUAUAGCUUAUAAAAGCACAAGAGCUGUUAUGAGGAAUAGACAAUAUAGACUUUUCUUGCAAUCUUUUAUGUAUGUUCUUAUAUUCGUGUUAAUGAAUGCAUAAAUGACAGAUAACAGUAGAGGAGUAGGAAAAGAAUAUAAUAUUUUUGCACAUUGAGUGUCUUGUAUGUACUUCCUAAUGAAAUUAAUUUUGCGAUGUUUUUGUUUUUACGGUAUCGUAAUAUGGUCGCCAUUGAUAAGGCGUUUAUUGUAAAUCGUUGUGUUAUCAGUGUUUUAUGCUGGCUUUGUUUGUCAAAAUAUAUUAAUUAAAAGAAAA